AUGUCAAACACUCGCGUGUCUUCUCUCAAUUCAACAAACUACUCAGACCUCCUCAACUCAGCCCGGAUCAAAAAAGUACUGGACUCGGAUAUAGCCAUCAACGCCCUCCUGCUAAGACUCAAACAAUCCCUUCUAUCGUGUGAAGAAUUCAUCAAGUACCUCAGGAAAAAACAUCUCUUCGAACAGGACAACGUCGACGAACUCUCCAAGCAAUUCAAACACUUCUUCACCUCCAAUUCAAACACCCAAACCACCAUGUAUAAAUCCAUCCAUCAAAUCCUCGCCUUCGAUGGCAAGCUGUCCAAUUCCAAACAAUCCUACAUCAAAUCCAUAAUCAAAAUCUACGACGAAUUGAACUCUUUGCUAUUGUCCAUCACUAAAUUGAGGAAAUCCAUCAAAGACAAUUCCAAGAAAUUGGAAAAAGACGUUUCCGACUCAAUCCACAUCGCUGAAAAGGCCAAGUCAAGAUACAUCUCCCUGUGUCAGGAUUGGGACAAGUUGAAAAUGACCGACCCAACAAAGACCAAAUUGACUCUGAGAGGUUCCAAGACCACCAAGGAACAAGAAGAAGAUCUCUUACGCAAGAUCGACGCCGCCGAUUUGGAUUACAAGCAAAAAGUAGACCAUUCCAAUUCCUUAAGAGACAAGUUCCUCCAUACCGAAAGACCCAAAAUCGUCAAGGAAUUGAAAAAUUUAAUCCUGGAAUUCGACACCGCAAUGUCCAUCCAAUUACAAAAAUAUUCCAUCCAAACUGAAAAUUUCAUUCUUAAUAUGGGCUUGAUCGUCUCGCCUGUCGAAGUCGACAAAUCCUUGAAAUCGAUCGCCUUCUCCAUCGAUAUCAACAACGAUUUAUACCAAUUCUUAAACAAAUACAACAGUAAACAAAACAUGAAAAAUAACGUUCUAGUAAAUAAAAACUUGAUCCCUGUCCCUUAUAAAAAACAUCCAUCCAUGGGCGGCUCCUCCUCCUCCUCCUCAGCCUCCCUACCGUCCACUACCAAUAGGAAAAUCACUUCAAGAAACCCUUCAUCUGCAAGUUCCAAGAAAAAUUUCUCAAACAUCGAUCCCUUAAAUACAACUUCCACAAUCUCAAGUCCAUCUUUAGCCUCCACCACUACUUUUGCAAAUUCCUCUUUACCAAACACCCCUCUUACAACCACCUCACCUUCCAAAAACAUUCUCACUUCCUCCUCCUCCUCAUUCGCACAACAAUCAUCAUUAAUUACUUCUCCAACUAUCACAUCUCCUUCAACAAGAUUACCAAGUACAACAACUUUUACUUCAUUAAAUGAUUCCAUCAAUACAAAUCAAAAUACAAUCGCCACUUCCACCACGGGUUCCAAUAAAAAUUUCGAAACAUUCGGUGUACCUUUAACUUCUCUCAUACAAAGUGAAGAUGAUAUGGUCCCCAUCAUCGUACGUCAAUGUAUUUAUAUCAUCGAUGAAUUCGGUAUAAACAUUGAAGGGAUUUAUAGAAAAUCAGCAAACGUCCUUGAAGUUAAUAAAUUAAAAGAUAUGAUCAAUAAGGAUCCUUCCAAUAUCCCUUCCUUGUUAUUACCUUCCAAAGAUUAUCAUGAUUCCGAUAUUCAUCUUGUCGCUUCAUUGUUUAAAUUGUUUUUCGCAUCUUUACCUGAUACUCUCAUACCUUCAGAAAUUAUACCUGAAUUAAAAAUUUGUAUUUCUAUUGAAGAUUUCGAUACAAGGAAAAAUUAUAUGCAUGGAUUGAUUUAUAAAUUCCCAGAUGCUCAAUAUUGGACUUUAAGAGCUUUACUUUUCCAUUUGAAAAAUAUUGCUAAAAAUUCAAAUCAAAAUAAAAUGAAUGAAAAAGCUCUAAGUAUUAUUUGGGGACCCACUGUCAUACCUUCAAAUGAUGAUGAUCCAACAGAUGUCAAUUUCCAAAUUAAUAACAUGCAAGUUUUAUUAGAUGUUACAGAACAAGCUUUUGAACCAGAAUAA